CUUUCGCUCGCCGUCUUGGGCUUGCGCGAUGGACCCAUCAUAUCCCUCGGCCUCGGCCGUCCACAUACCUCAUCCUGACGAUGUCACGUCUGAUCAGAACGCUCAUCAUGGACAAGUUCCGGUGACACCCACCUCAUCGGCUCACGUUGGAGUAGAUGUCGGAGUGCGCCCCAGCACAGAAUCCCACAUCGACAUCGCCAACAUGUUCCCCCCUCCCAGCGAGGGCGAUGCUAUAAUACCUGAUGCCAGCCCCAACUCUGAGGUCCCACAGACUACCCCGGGGAUGACCGUCCGUCACCACCCGAGCACCCCUUUCCCCGUUCGGGCCUCGGGAGUGGGCCUCGGGACUCCUCCUCAUUUACACUCAUCUGGAGCCAGAAGCCAACAAGAUGCCCUCAGUCAAGGACAGGCCAUCGUGACCUGCCGUAAGAAGAUCUAUCAGGCUGAGAUAUUGUUGUAUCCUGGGAAGAAAGUUCGAGGGCCGAAGCGUCAAUCACAGAUUGAGGCCGAACAAGACAAGUUCACGCUUGAGAGGGCCAAGAUGGAGGGUAACAUCGAAGAGGUAUUGGUCGGCUGGGAUCUGCAUUCUCAACUGCUACCAAAAGGAGUUUACUAUCAUAAGCGCAAGAAGGCCUAUAUCGCCAGUAUUAACAUCUCGGCCGCGAAUCGUCAGCCAGGCCCGUUGGCUGCAGCAGCGAGGCAUCGUGAACUGGCUCAAGCCUUGUCAGCCACACGAGGGGAGUUUGAUGGCCACGUCCCGCCGCCGGCGCCCGUCCUCCCACCGGGCACAGUGGUACCCCCUAAACCCACUACGGCCAAGAUUGAUGGUCCUGCGAGGCAGACCCUCGCCGAAGCCAUCUCGGACAGGGCUAAAAUGGCGUCGGCAACCUCUGAGGAGGAGCUUAUGACGAUUGUUCACGAACUUCGUGGUCCGAAGGCUCGCAGCACUAAGCGGAAGUCGCUGAAUCCUGAUGAGAAGCUUCCCGCUGGAGUCUAUUUCAAGCCGGAAUCUAACUGUUAUCAAGCGCAAGUAUCAGUGAACCGACGGAACAUUCGAGGACCCCCGCGGCAAACCCUCGAUGAGGCCAUUAACGACCGCCAGAGGCUGUUGGUGGCAAAAGCGCAAGGCCGAGCUGAGGAGGAGGUGGUUUUGCUUAAGGUCGAUUAUCAGAGAACGUUGGCGUUGGAGGGGUGUGUCGGUGGGCUAAUGCCGGGAGAACGUUCCAAUGGGGAUCGAAGGGCUAGAGGCCGCCCCAAGGGGUCAGUAACAGGGACCACACGAUUCGCAUUGCAAACGAUGCCGCCUGGUGGGAUGAUGUUGCCGCCUCCGCCACCUGGCAUGUUCCCAUCAGCGGCCGAGGGCGGCCCUCCGUUCAAUCUGCCGCUCUUCUUUGCUGCACAGGCGGCCCAGCAGGGUGCUACUGAGGCCACUGAGGUUCCCCAUCCGGACUACUCUACCGGCACGGCUGAGCAGAUCCUGUUAUUGAACCAAUACAUUCAGCAAGCCGCCGGUGUUCUCGCCGAAGACAACAACAUGCCUGCGGAGGCUUCGGGUGCUCAAGGAUCUGCCGUGCCUCCCGAGUCUCGUGAAGAUCCUCCCUCGAGCGAGGAGGCUGUAGUCCCACCAGCGGACCCGUCUAGUCCCCCUUCUACUGCCUCUCCUCGUGAUACUGCCAACGAUGUGGUUCAAGCUAUGCUCGCUGCCUCGGGCAUGCUGGACGCGGCCAAUGCUGCAGCUGCUGCAGCUGGGGUUGACCCCGCCAAUGGACAGGAGCUCGAUGGCUCGCUGGCUCAUACUGAUUCCAAUGGAGGUGAUGGAGAUUCUGGACGGCCCUACAAGAUGCAGAGGGUCACUCAGUGA